GGUUUUCCAGCGCGUGUGGUUGCCAUGACAAAUGGAACGCGUGGAAUGCGUGUCUUCACUCAUUCAGAACAGCGAAAAUAGUUUUCGUGCCAAAUGUACAGUUUUCUCUGAAAACACCAAUGUAAUGUCGUGAUUUUUUAAAAGGAAAGCGUUAUGAACGACAAUAAUCAUUUUGAACUCUUUUGAAUUUUGAAUACUGAUGACUCGGAAGCACCUGUCAGUAGGGACAGAAGACUAUGAGCAGACUUCCAAAACACUUCUUUUGUGCACUGAGAGAGGAUUUUAGGAACGUGGAUUACAGCAAGUGGGAGCGGAGCAACCGAACUAAUGGCUCAAAAACAACUGAACCAAAGCCAGUACACUGGAGCUCAUUGCAUCCUGAUCAUAAAGGGGCCAAAGCAUCACAUGGGCCAAACACAGCAAGUGACAGGGAAACUAAUGGAUCUCCUAAUGCAAUAAAACAGACCCAGCCUGAAAAAUCUGAAAGUUCUCGAGGAAACACUGAGGAUUCAUCUGCAGCAUCUGCUAGACUCUCUAGAAGGAUAAAAUCUGACAAACGGGAGCAAGAUUUAACUCAGAUAAAUGAUAAUGUUAAAAAAAUGCAGAUAGUGAUGAAGCUGCAGAGAAGGUCUGUUGAAGAUCUGGAAAAGCACUGCGAAGUGCUUCAGGAGACAAACCAGCAGGUGGCCAGAAACAUUGAGGACACAGACAGACGUGCUAUCUCGAUUGCAAGGGAAUUCCUCAUCCAGCACGAGAAGUUAGGGAAUUCAUUAACUGCCUUCAACCGAUGGAGCAACUGGCAGAAUAGGCAGGCCAAAGCUGAGCUGAAGGAUGCAGUGGAGGAGGGAGAGAAUCAUCUCUGUGGUCUUCAAGCACAAUUAAAGGCAGUGAAGGCCGAUCUGGUUAAUGCCCAAUCAGAGCUUCACGCCCUGAAGACCUAUAAAGACAAAGAGUAUCCAGUCAAAGCCCUGCAGAUUGCUGAAAUGAAGAGAGAUCUGGUUAUGCUCAAGGAUGUACUGCAGGAUGAAUACAAGAAUGUGAAGCUCCUGUGUCAGACAGAGAUGGCUCGUCUAGAGAGACAUCUCCAUCAGAAACAACAGGAAGUGCUGUCAGCUGUUGCCAAAAAAAAUGUGUCUCACAUCCCUCCAGUUGUAAAACAGAUGGCUCUACACAACUACAUGAUGAAAAAAGAGAUUGAUAGGCACAAAAAGGAAAUAAUGCAACUGGAGGCUGAGAACAGAAAACUACUAAAGAGUAUUCAGGAACUGCAGCUGUCAAGGCCAAACAUCAGCAGGGAGGUCUUUCGGGAUGUUUUCCCAAAGUCAGAUAAGUGUACCCCAAGUAUGGAUGUUCACCUCAGUAUACAAAGAGAAGAAUGGCUGCCUAUAUGACUGUCACAUUUUGGUAUGGCAGUAAUCUUACCAGAAGAAACACAGCAAACCACUGCACUAUACAACACAAGUAAUUAAGUUUUUUUAAGCAAGUUUAAGUUUUCCUUGUUGUUUU